CAUGGACAGUCCCCAGACAGCCAUAAAUUACCAUCACGUCGCAGAGGGGGCUGCCUUCCCUCAGUCAAAACGGCAUACUGCUUUACCUGAAUGCCCCCUUUGUACUGAGAGCCAAUAAAUAGCAGGGGGACCCACAGCCAGCGCUGUACAGUCAGAGUCUCCUCCACUGCCAAGACGAGCACCAUGAAGGCUCAGGCUAGCGCUCUGCUGCUCGUAGCCUGCUGUCUGUGGACGGCAGAGGGGCAGGGCGAGCCCCCGAAGAAGAGCAUCUGGGAGGACCCCAUCCAGUUCAACACCAAGGCCAAGGACACCUGCACUAUGAUUGUGACUGGCCAGGGAGACCUCACCAAGCUCAGGGUCUCCUGCAAAAACCAGGACAAGACGUAUUGGUGCGAAUACGCCGGCAAGCCCCAGGUAUGCCGCUCCUACAACAACAACCCCAGGCACUACUUCACCCAGAUCAUGUGGGACCUGCGGAAGCUACCCAACGCUUGCCAGGCUGCCAGGGUCAUCAAGCCCCAGAUGUGCAAGAGGGCCCCCGAUGAGGCUCAGAUGGUGUUCCAGACCUCCUGGCCCCGGCUCUUCACCCCAAGACCAGUGAGACCCACGCAGGAGAGGCAGCCGGCUAGACCAGAACAGCCCAAGCCAGAGGCACCCAAACCGGAGGUGCCCAGACCGGAGGAGCCCAGGCCCGAGGAACCCAGACCAGAGGAACCCAGACCCCAGGAGCCAAGACCUGAGGCACCAAGACCAGAAGCCUCAAGACCAGAAGCAGCAAGACCUGCCGCACCAAGACCCGACCAGCCCAGACCGGAUGCACCGAAGCCGGAAGCACCAAGAGCAGUGGCACCGAAACCUGAGGUAUCAAAGCCAGAUUCCCCGAGACUGGCUAGACCACCACAGCCUAGACCACAGCCAGCCAAACCAGAGCCGGGCAGGCCACUGAGCAAAAUCAUUCCAGUCAAGAAGGUUUCUCCUAAACCCACUAAAACAACCCCAGGCAAAACGCCACAGCCUAUCACCAAAGCGAACGCCAAGAAGAUGGCUCAAGACUACUGCUGGAAGUCCCUUGAAGGAAUCUGCGCGUAUGUACUUGGCUGGUUUCAAAACUAAAAGUACAGAUAUAGAUUCCCUGCAAAGAAGACUUGA